AUGAGUUGGAAACAUAACUAUGAUGAUUAUUUUGAAGGCAUUAAUAUAGAUGAUAGGGAUCUUCAUUAUUCAUCUGAUGAUGCUAAUGAAUAGCUUAAAAUUAACUUUUAUAUUUAGAAUCCAAAUGAGACAGAGGAAGAAGAUAAAAUUGUAUCAACAAUGAACUUCUACGUUUACAAGAAUAAAAGGGAAAAAUAUGAUCCAAGUAUAAAUUAGAAUAUUAUUAAACUAUUUGAGAGACAAAGUUUGCUCAUAACACCAAUUGAAGAGUUAGAGUAAAUAGUUUAGGAGUAAAGAAAAGCAAAAGCUGCUCAAAUUGAGUAGGAGCUGUAGUAGGAAAUUAUGGACGAAGAUAAAUAGUUAAUAAAGAGAGAAAAUUUAAAAGAUAGGUAAUUGUGGGUGGAUAAAUAUAUGCCAAAGAGAUAUGAUGAACUUCUCAGUUUUGAUAAAAUUAAUAGGGAGGUUAUGUGCUGGUUAAAAGCAUGGGAUCCUAUUGUUUUUAAGAAAAAAUUAAAAAAAAGCAUCUUUUAGAAUUAGUAUAAUAAUUAAUAUAACAAUUAGUAUAAUAACUAAAGUUAUGGCAGAAAUAUUUUUGGCUAAGUUUAAAAAGUCAACAACAGCAGCAGCGUUUACAAUAAUAAUUUUAAUAAGAUUGGAGAUGAAGCUAAUAAAGGAUUUUAAGCAGGAGAUUAAAAUAAAUUCUUUUAAGGAUAAGGAAAUAAUAAGUUUUAAUACACUGGAUAAAAGCCUUUUUAUUUUGAUUUAAGUGAUGAUUAUUCAGUAUAAAAAAUGUAAAACAGUGUUAUUCUUCUUGCAGGACCUCCUGGUUCAGGUAAAACCACAUUAGCAAGGACUGUUGCAAAGCAUUGUGGAUACAAAGUUAUUGAAAUAAAUGCAUCAGAGGAAAGAACUGCAGCAAAGCUUAUUGAAAAAAUAGAAACAGUGACAAGAAAUGAAGCUUUGUAAUUCAAAAACGAUAAUAAAGCUGAAGAAUAAAAAGAAAAACCUUCUUUGAUUAUUGUAGACGAAGUAGAUGGAGCUAUGGAAUCUGAGAGUCAUGGAGCUGUUAAUCACUUACUAGACUUCAUUUUUAAAGGAUAAAAGAAUAUACAAAAAAAGGGAGCUGGCGAAGCUCAAACAAAAUAAAGCAAUUAAAAAAAGAAACCUGAGUCAAAAAAGAAAAAGAAAAAGGACGAAGAUGAUGAAGAUGGAGAUGAGGAUAACUUGAAUGAAGAAGAUGAUAAAGGUUUAGAAGAAGAAACAACAAAAUAAACAGCAUAAAACGUUCAUAUUAGAAGACCAGUUAUCUUUAUUUGUAACGAUAUUUACAGUAAAGGGUUAAGGGAACUUAGAAAAAAAGCCUUCGUAUUUAAUUUUACGAAAGCAAGGAGCGAUAAGCUAGUACAAAGACUGAGAGAAAUCUGCCAUAAAGAAAAGUUAAGUAUAGAUUAAUCAGGAUUAUAAAAGAUAUGUGACCACAAUGAGAACGAUAUAAGAUCUACAUUAAUGAACCUUUAAAUGAUAUCAAAAAUUCAAAAGCAAGACAAUCGCUCUAAAAUAUCAAUCGACUAAAUUCUCAUGGAAGAAAAAAACAACUCUAAAAGUAUUUUAGAGCUCUUAGAGUGCAUCAUGAUGCCUCCAAUCAAUAAAAAGGACUCUAAAAUUGAUAUUUUGAGAUACACUAUACAUACUCUAAUUAAAAACACAUAACCUGAUUAACUGAUAGAAGCAACACUUUUAAACUAUAGCAAAAUAAAAAAUACUGAGAGAUUCUUUGAUAAAAUACCUUAGUUUUUGGAUGAUUUAUCUUUGGCAGAAAUUUUAGAAAGUAAUUUGCUAAAACACAAUUAUGAAAUGACAAAGUUUAUAUCGCUUCCAAUUAUAAAUUUUGGUCUCAAUCUUAAAGGUUAAGAAAGAGUAAAGCUAGACUUCCCUAGAGACAAAUUCACUCUUAAAAAAAGAUAUAAAGCUGCCAUGGAUUGCAUAGAAAGUUUACUAGAAAACCUUCCAAACUCAGAUGCUCCUUACUUAAAUAAUAAGAAUUUCGUGCUAGAUUAUUUAUCAAAUAUUUAUUAAAUAAUACAGCCUAAUAUUUCAUCUAACAUAAUCAGUGACAGUGAAAAGAAAGACUUAUACACUUCUUUGAGCAUUAUGAUAGACUUCUCUUUGAAAUUAUUAGAUAAUCCCUUUAAAAUAGAUAGAAGCGGUCAAAAAUUUAAUAUAUAUUUUACUCCUUAAAUAGAAAGAUUGCUUUUAUUUGGAAACGAUGUACCCGUAUAAAGACUGAAUGAGAGAUCAAUACACUUUAUUUUAAAAAAUUAUGAUAUAAUAAACCAUUAAAAAACACUGGCAAAAGAUAUGGCAGACGAUGAAAUACAGUAAAAGAAGCUUGAAGAAAAAUUAAUGAAUAUUGAAAUGCUUGACAAUUAAUACAAUAAAAAAGCUAACAAAAGAAAAAAAAGAAUAGAAGGAGAAGAUGCUUCAUUUUUAUAUAAAUUUAGGGAAGGAGUUAGUAUUCCUAUAAAGUACGAUGUAAAAAUGUCAUAGCUCUUCAUGUGA